GCGACUCAUUUCACCGCCGCAGCGCUGCCAACUCAUUCGAUUUUCGUGUGAAAAGCGUGACGUGUGUUUUGUCUAAAUAAAUAUUUCAAUUCUUAUUGCUUUCAUGGCUGAGUACAACCGCGAUCGCCACCGCAGGCGUAAUCGCCGCCACAAUAGCGAGAUCUUCCAGGGGGCCAAAGCUUGCAAGGCCAUCAUCAGAAAGCUGUUCUCCAGCGAAUACAAGCCACUGGCUUGGGUAUUCUACGACCCGAUAGAAGCUGCAUUUUUGGGUCUGCACGACUACCAUACAAUUGUCCAGAAGCCCAUGCAUCUAAGAUACAUCAGGAAUCGCCUCAACAAGGGAGACUAUACAAAUGCUGAAGACUUUGAGCGGGACGUGCGACAGAUAUUCAACAACACGUAUCUGUACACGCCGCCCAACCAUGUGUGCCACCAAAUGGCCAAGAAACUGGAGGGCAUCUUUGACAAAAUGUUUUUGGAGAUAUCGGCCACCCUAAAGAGCGACACCACAAGCGCGUAUGCCAUGAGUCCGUUCACUGAGAGCGCGGAGGGAAUGCGCGAAGCGAUUCCUAACUCACUCACGCCACUGGAGGCAGAGUGGAAGAGUGAGGAUGACAAGCGUCCGUGGAGUAAGAAGGCUAACAAGAAACUGGCCAAAAGGCUUCGGAAACUCAGGGGAGAAGUCUUGCUGCGGGUCAUGCACAUAAUCAAGUACAUGGAGAAGCUGCCGAUAGUCAAGCGGGAGCUGAACUUCGAUAUGGCCGCACUGCAGAGCGUCACGAAGCGGACCAUUGUCAGCUACUUGUCCGAGAUGGGAGGAUAUACAUAG